GUCCACCGAUCCUCUCUUCCGCGAUCGUUCGCCGAUCUUCUCUACCGCCAAUCGUCCGCCGAUCAUCUUUUCCGCCGAGCGUCCGCCGAUCCUCUCCUCCGUCGCUGCACUUCUUCUCUUUCGCCGAUCAUCUUCAUCUCCCUCGUCUGUUCUGCUCAAAACGAUUUGUAUCGUUUUCGGGUGAAACCGUGAAGAAAUCGAAGUAAUGUUAGCUAUUUACCACUUACUAUGAUUUUUGGGACAUUUGAUUUGAGCCAAAACUUUGUUGUUGAAUAAUGAUUGUGGAGUUAUUUUGUUGGAGACUUGGAGGCCAGUGCCAUGUGCGUGUUUGAGAAAACGAGAAAGUAUCAGAGACAAAACUUAAGAAAAAGAGGUCAAAAGUGUGAGGCACCAUUUCAAAUUACAUGUUGUUUUAGACUUUAGUGCCCUUUGGAUGAAGAUUCAUUUUGAAAACAAUUGUCCUUAGGCCUAUUGUGUCUGUAACUUUUCCUUAGUUGUCAACAAGGAUUAUUGGAUCCUGCCCUCUUAGUUUCAUUUUCUUUUCUUGUCACCGUAAGCACCUUUUUUUGGGUACAUCCCAGUCUGACCUCCUCUGCUAUUUGGAAAGGAAAAAUGAAAAGAGAGACUUAGAAAGUAGUCCAAAUUAUUCAAACAAUUUUUACGAGCAUUACAGCUACAAAAUUAGCAGUACUUAAAAUCAUUUUCUUUUAUGUUUUAUUUUUUUAUCCAUUAAAUUUGUUGUUAAGUUUAAUGUGCUUCAACUGAGUUGAUCAGUCCCUAAAUCAUGAGGCACACUUCAAAUUUGGUGCUCCCGUCUAAGGUCAUUAUAUGUCCUGCAGGGGCCACUCCAGUGGGUAUUUGUAUAUUGCACGUCACCAGUGGAGGAAUAUUACUCGGUCCAUCUGCGCUGGGUAGGAAUUCAAAAUAUCUGAAUGCAAUAUUUCCAUCUAGAAGCCUCACAGUGUUGGAUACUUUGGCCAAUCUUGGUCUCCUUUUCUUUCUCUUCCUGGUGGGUCUAGAGUUAGACCCUAAAUCUCUCCGCAGGACUGGAAAGAAAGCGCUUAGCAUAGCUUUUGCAGGCAUUAGCCUUCCCUUUGUGUUAGGAAUAGGCACAUCCGUCGCCCUUCGCAGCACUAUUUCUAAAGGCGUGAGUGAAGCCCCAUUUCUUAUCUUUAUGGGGGUUGCUCUUUCUAUUACUGCUUUCCCUGUUUUGGCUCGUAUUUUAGCUGAACUCAAGCUUUUAACUACUGAUGUUGGACGAAUGGCAAUGUCAGCUGCAGCUGUCAAUGAUGUGGCUGCGUGGAUUCUGCUCGCUCUUGCCAUUGCCCUAUCAGGCAAUGAUCGUUCCCCUCUCGUAUCAUUAUGGGUGUUUUUAUGUGGUAGUGGUUUUGUCCUUUGUUGCAUAUUUGUUGCCCCUCCGAUAUUCAGAUGGAUGGCUCAGCGUUGCCCUGAGGGAGAACCAGUUGAAGAACUGUAUGUUUGUGCCACUCUAGCUGCUGUUUUGGCAGCCGGGUUUGUUACUGAUGCCAUCGGAAUUCAUGCCUUAUUUGGUGCAUUUGUGAUUGGAGUUCUUGUCCCCAAAGAAGGUCCAUUUGCCGGUGCUCUUGUGGAAAAGGUUGAAGAUCUUGUAUCCGGUCUUUUCCUACCUCUGUACUUUGUCUCUAGUGGAUUGAAGACAAAUAUUGCUACAAUUCAAGGAGCGCAAUCUUGGGGUCUCCUUGUCCUUGUCAUAAUUACUGCAUGUUUUGGAAAGAUUGUUGGCACCGUAACCGUUUCCCUUCUUUGCAAAGUGCCAUUUCAGGAGGCUCUAGCCCUUGGAUUCCUGAUGAACACUAAAGGCUUGGUAGAGCUCAUUGUCCUAAAUAUCGGCAAAGAUAGAAAGGUGUUGAAUGAUCAAACAUUUGCCAUCAUGGUUUUGAUGGCUAUCUUCACAACUUUCGUUACUACACCUCUCGUAAUGGCAGUAUAUAAGCCAGCUAGAAGGAGGAGUAGAGUUGAUUACAAAUACAAAACAAUUGAAAGAAAGGAUCCAAAUACCCAGCUUCGAAUCUUGACCUGCUUCUACGGUGCAAGAAACAUCCCCACCAUGAUUAAUCUUAUUGAGGCCUCACGCGGAACUGAUAAGAGGGAAGGUCUCUGUGUUUAUGCCAUGCACCUCAUGGAGCUCUCCGAGAGGUCAUCUGCAAUUCUUAUGGUCCACAAGGCAAGAAAGAACUGGCUACUGUUCUGGAACAAGGGGAAUCCGUCGGAUUGUGACCAAGUUGUUGUUGCUUUUGAGGCUUUCCGGCAGCUAAGCAGGGUUUCAGUCCGCCCAAUGACUGCAAUCUCACCAAUGCCCACCAUACACGAAGAUAUCUGUGCCAGUGCUGAAAGCAAAAAGGUAGCAAUGAUCAUUCUCCCAUAUCACAAGCACCAGAGAUUGGAUGGAGCAUUGGAAACUACUAGAAGCGACUUUCGUUGGGUCAAUAAGAGGGUUCUUGACCAUGCUCCAUGCUCAGUCGGAAUCUUGGUUGACCGUGGCCUUGGCGGAACCACCCAUGUCCCUGCUAGCAUUGUCUCUUCCACUAUAACAGUACUCUUCUUUGGAGGCCAUGAUGAUUGCGAAGCCCUUGCUUAUGGCUCACGCAUGGCGGAGCACCCUGGUAUCAGCCUUACCGUAAUUCGUUUCUUGCCAUCCCCACAAAUUUCAGGGGAGAUUGUAAGGGAAGAGAUCAAAUCUUCAACAAGAUCAAUCGAUGAGCAAAUUCUAGCAGAACACAAGGAGAAAAUUCCAAGUAAUGGUUCAAUUAAUUACGAAGAAAGAGUAGUGAGAGAUGCAGCAGAAACAAUGGAAAUAGCGAAAGAAUUCAGCCAAUGCAAUCUUUUCCUGAUUUAAUAAUCCCAACCAUAUCCAUUUAGAGUUUGUGUGGAUAAAAAUUAGUAAAGGAAAGAGAAGGGAAGAAAAUAAUAAUUUUUUUUUUUA